AUGACUGCAUUAGCAGUUAUUGCAAAAUUUUGGCAAGAGUAUACGAAAACUACACCAAAAAAGCUUAAAAUAAUAGAUGCUUAUCUACUUUAUGUGUUUUUAACGGGUGUUAUACAAUUCAUAUAUUGUUGUUUGGUCGGCACGUUCCCUUUCAAUAGUUUUCUUAGUGGAUUUAUUUCCUGUGUGUCAUGCUUUGUUCUUGGAGUUUGCUUACGACUACAAGUGAAUCCCCAAAACAAAAAUCAAUUUCAUGGAAUAAGUCCAGAGAGAGGAUUUGCAGAUUUUAUUUUUGCACAUGUAAUUUUACAUCUUGUUGUUAUGAAUUUCAUUGGUUGAAAAUGAAAAAUAAAAUUUGAUUUGUAAAAUUUUAUAAUAAACUAUUAAGAUUAUUAUUA